AUGAGUUCCACGGGUCAGCAACAGUCCGUUCCAGAUCCAGCUCGUUCGAUUACUGAUUUGUACGAGAAUCCGUACUAUCUCCACUCAUCGGAUCAUGCUGGUUUGAUACUUGUUUCCGAUCGUUUGUCUUGCGGUUCGGAAUUUCACUCGUGGCGUCGUUCGAUGAGGAUGGCUUUGAAUGUUCGCAAUAAGCUUGGGUUUAUUGAUGGUACGAUUCCGAAACCCUCUCCCAAUCAUCGUGAUUCUGGAUCUUGGUCAAGAUGCAAUGAUAUGGUGGCGACUUGGCUUAUGAAUUCUGUUUCCAAGAAGAUUGGUCAAAGCUUAUUGUUCAUGUCUACUGCUGAAUCCAUAUGGAAGAACUUGUUGACUCGCUUUAAGCAGGAUGAUGCUCCUCGAUUAUAUGAGAUAGAACAGCGUCUGAGCACUAUUCAACAAGGUUCGAUGGAUAUCAGUACGUAUUAUACAGAACUUGUUACUCUGUGGGAAGAAUAUAAGAACUAUGUGGAGAUUCCGGUUUGUACUUGCGGCCGUUGUGAGUGUAAUGCUGCUUUGCUAUGGGAGAAGAUGCAACAGAAGAGUCGUGUUAUGAAAUUUAUGAUGGGUUUGAAUGAAGCGUAUGAGUCUACACGUCAUCAUAUUCUCAUGUUGAGGCCCAUUCCAGAUAUUGAGGAUGUGUUUAACAUGGUGGCACAGGAUGAACGACAGAAGUCAAUUAAACCAUCUACACGAGUAGAUAAUGUUGCUUUUCAGAACACUGGUCCAAUUGAGUCUGCAGUCAACGUUCAGGAUCCUAGCUACUACACUGGUCCAUUUGAUAAUGCAGCUUAUGCUGCAGCAUAUCAAGGCAAUCGCUUUUCUCAGAAGCCUGUCUGUACCCAUUGCAAACGUCACGGCCACACUGUUCAGAAGUGUUAUAAACUUCAUGGUUAUCCUCCCGGGCAUAAACUACAUCAGAUGACUUCGUCGUCUUCACGUGGUCCACAACAACAGUCUACUCCUAAGCCUCAGUUUCCUCCACAGAGCCAGUUCCAACAGAAUCAAUCGACUAAUGUGGCUAAUGCUGUUGCUGCUCCUAAUCCUUCUUUGGAUCUAAAUCAGUUUACUACGGAUCAGGUUUAG